AUGGACUUUAGUAAAGAAGAAGAGAGAAUACAAAAGUAUUGGGAGUCAAUCAAAGCAUUUGAGCUGAGCAACAAGCUUAGCAAGGGGAAAAAAGAAUUUUCAUUCUAUGAUGGGCCUCCAUUUGCAACAGGUCUACCGCAUUAUGGGCAUAUUUUAUCUGGCACGAUAAAAGACACUAUAACUCGAUUCUAUUAUCAGCAGGACUAUCACGUAGAGAGAAGGUUUGGCUGGGACUGCCACGGGCUUCCUAUUGAGUAUGAGAUCGACAAACUGUACAACAUAAAGACCAAGCAGGAUAUUGAGAAAAUAGGAGUGAAGCAGUACAACAACUACUGUAGAGAAAUAGUCAUGAAGUAUUCUGGGCAGUGGGAGUCUAUUGUUGGACGAAUGGGUCGGUGGAUUGAUUUUAAAAACGACUACAAAACCAUGGACUUUAGUUUUAUGGAGAGUGUAUGGUGGGUGUUUAAGGAGCUAUACAAGAAGGGAAUGGUAUACAGGGGCUACCGAGUGAUGCCUUACUCUACAGCUUGCCGAACCCCCAUGAGCAAUUUUGAGGCCAACCAGAACUAUAAGAUUACAACCGAUUUAACUGCAACUGUUAGGCUGCCUCUGCAAAAGGCCGUGGUUCUGAAUGGGACAUCGUACACAAAUGUUUCAUUCCUUGCCUGGACCACUACUCCGUGGACGCUUCCAGGGAACUCUGCGCUAAUGGUAAAUCCAGAAAUGGAGUAUGUGCUUAUGCAGGACAAGACGCCAGACGCGUAUGUGAUUGUAGGAAAGUUCUUUGCUAAGAAGGCCAAGCCAGUGGAAGUGUUUAAGGGAAGCAGUAUUUUAGGAAUUGAAUACAGCCAGCCAUUUAAUUACUUUGAAGAUAGAAGAAAGAAUGGCUACUUUAAAACAUACCCUGCCGAGUUUGUAGUGGAGGGCGCAGGUACUGGAAUAGUUCACUGUGCGCCUGGAUUUGGUGAAGAGGACUACAACGCCUUUGUUGUAAACGGGAUUAUAAAGGAGAAUGAUGAGGUGGUGUGCCCGGUGGAUGAGAGUGGUAUGUACACUGCGCAGGUCACAGACUAUGCAGGCAGAUACGUUAAGGAAAAGGAGCUAGAGAAAGAAAUACUUAAGUAUUUAAAGGACAGCUCUCUUCUUUACGAGACCACUUCAAUUGACCACAGCUAUCCAUUCUGCUGGAGAUCAGACACACCGCUUAUUUACAAGGCAGUACCCAGCUGGUUUGUGCAUGUGAAGGGCGCAGUAAAGGACUUGUGCGAAAUGAACAAGCAGAUCAACUGGAGCCCAAAGGCCGUUGGAGAGGGAAAGUUUGGUCUGUGGCUGGAGAAUGCAAGAGACUGGUCAAUAUCAAGAAACAGAUACUGGGGAACUCCAAUACCUAUCUGGAUCAGAGAGGGAGCAGGUGCAAACCUAACAGAAGAUGACAUCAUUUGCAUAGGGUCUGCCGAAGAGCUAUUUGAGCAUACUGGAAUAAAGACGACAGAUUUGCAUAAGGAUAUAGUAGACGAGCUGGUUAUAGAGAAGAAUGGCGUGAAGUACAUCAGAACCGAAGAGGUACUUGAUUGCUGGUUUGAAAGUGGAAGCAUGCCGUACGCGCAGAAGCACUUCCCGUUUGAAAACGAAAAGCGGUUCCAGAUGACCUUCCCUGCCGACUUUAUUGCUGAGGGGCUUGACCAGACAAGAGGAUGGUUUUAUACGCUGCACGUGCUUUCUGUGCUUCUGUAUAACUCCCCUGCCUUUAAGAAUGUGAUGGUGACAGGCUUGGUGCUGGCUGCUGACGGAAAAAAGAUGAGCAAGCGGCUGAAAAACUACCCAGACCCAAUGGAAAUCAUGAACGAGCACGGUGCAGAUGCAAUGCGUCUCUAUCUGAUCUCAUCAACUGCAGUCAAAGCCGAGAAUCUGAAGUUUACUGAGGCAGGUGUAGUGAGCAUUGUGAGGGAGCUUCUCAUUCCAUGGCAAAAUUGCUUAAGAUUCCUUAAGACAACAUCAUGCGCGGCUAUUGAGGAUACAACUGGGUGUGAUGUAGAAGACAUUGCACUAAGCGUCUCAAGUAUGGAAGUAAAGGUGGAUGAAGGCGACAGUGUGCUGGAUCUGUGGAUACUCCAGGAGUUUAAAGAGUUCUCGCAGGCUAUUCAGAAAGAAGGCCUUGAGUACAGGCUGCACAAUGUUCUUCCAAAAACCAUUGAGUUCUUGGGAGACUUGAGCAGAUGGUACAUUAGGCUGAGUAGAGAUCGCUUGAGGAACACUGAAAUGAAGGUUCUCAGGCAUAUUUUGAAAGGAUUUUCAGUCAUUAUGGCGCCUUUUGCCCCAUUCUUUAGUGAGGUGUGUUACCUGGAGGUAGCAGGGAGCGGAGAAGAUCUAUCAAAACACGAGGCAUCCGAGCCAGCGAAGCAGAAAGGCUUUGAACAGAGUCUUUCAGUGCACUUCCAGAUGUACACUGCCUGUAUAGAAAAAACAGAAGAAGAAAUUUUGAGGCUUUCCAAGCAGUCAAAAACAACUUCUCUAGAGAAAAUUCUCACUGAUUUCAGAAAAAUGAAGAGCGUGAUUGAGACCGUUCGAGUAAUCAGGGAAAAGUGCGAAAUUGCACUCAAAAUGCCGCUGAAAGAGAUUUCUAUUGUAGGAAUGGAAAACUCUCCAGUGCUCACCCGGAUUUUAGAGAAAGAGUCCAACUCGCUGAUGGUAAGCUACAAAACAGAGAGUGACUAUGAGUGGAAGAAAGAGAUUGUUCCCGACUUCAAAGCUAUCAGUACACUCUUUGGAGGAAGCGAAGUCAAAACAAGGUCAUCUGCAAUAAGAAAAUGCGGAACAGACCAGGAGCUAAUCUCCAAGCUUCUUUCCAAUGGAAACGUGCUAUGUGAUGGAGUGGAAAUAACCAGAGACGAGGUCAUUUAUAAGCGAGAAGCAGUCAAUCUCUCCUCUACACUAAAAGGAUCAUCUGCAUCUGAUUUAAUAUAUGUGGUAAUUGAAACAGAGAAAAACAAGGAAAUAGAAGACCAAUGGAUAAAGAGAGAGGUAAAGAGCUCAGUCCAAAAGCUAAGAAAGAAGGCAGGCCUCUGCAUCAACGACAGAGCCUCAAUACAUGCAACAGGAAUAGAUAGUUCUGAUAUAAUAUGUGAUGUGAACACGCGUGUUGUGUCUAAAGAGUUAGACUCUCCAGUGUGCGAAAUUCUUAAUCUAGCAGGAAGGAAGAUUGUUUUAUCUUUAGCUAAGGAAACAAAUGUUUAA